AUGAAGUGGUCUGUAAAUUCUACGACUGGAACGCUUGUUGCGGGCGGAAAUGGUCAGGGAACAGGGACAAAUCAGCUGAGCUGGGGACAAGGGAUCUAUGUUGAUUCCGAUUUAAGCGUAUAUGUAGCUAAUAAUAAUGCUCACAAUGUUAUCAAAUGGUUAUGGGGCGCAUCAUUAGGGACAGUUGUUGCAGGCAGUAGUAGUGGUGCACCGGGUUCAACAUCGACGCUGUUGAAAAAUCCCUGUUCUCUGAUUCUCGAUGCGUACAGUAAUUUGUACGUGGUGGACAAUAAUAAUCAUCGAAUACAGAUGUUUUGUCCGGGUUCAACCAACGGCACAACAGUUGCAGGAACAGGGUCCCAGGGAUCGUCGGCCACUACACUGAACUAUCCUUGCGGCAUAGCGUUCGAUUCACAACUCAAUAUGUACGUUGCAGACACAUCGAAUCACCGCAUACAAAAGUUUAUGAAACUCUGA